AUGGUUUUCAAUGGGGCUGUGCAAGGGCACAGGGAUGGGUGUAGGAGCCGGGCUUUGAGCCCCCCCCCCCAAUGGGGUGGGGCUGGGGUAUGUGGGGGGGGGGGGGUGCGAUGGGGGCUGUUCCUGGUGCCCCCCCAGGUGGUGCUGGCGCUGCCGUACGACACCCCCGUACCCGGGUACCGCAACAACACCGUGAACACCAUGAGGCUCUGGUCGGCCCGCGCGCCCUGCGACUUCAACCUGAAGGACUUCAAUGUCGGGGGGUACGUUCAGGCCGUGCUGGACCGGAACCUGGCUGAGAACAUCUCCCGAGUGCUGUACCCCAAUGACAACUUCUUCGAGGGCAAGGAGCUGCGGCUCAAGCAGGAAUACUUCGUGGUGGCGGCGACGCUGCACGACAUCGUCCGGCGCUUCAAGUCCGCCAAGUUCGGGAGCCGCGACCCCGUGAGGACCUCGUUCGAGUCCUUCCCUGACAAGGUUGCCAUCCAGCUCAAUGACACUCACCCCUCCCUGGCCAUCCCAGAGCUGAUGCGGAUCCUGGUGGAUGAGGAGAAGCUUGGCUGGGACAAGGCCUGGGCAGUCACUGUCCGCACGUGCGCCUACACGAACCACACGGUGCUGCCCGAGGCGCUGGAGCGCUGGCCCGUGCGGCUGCUGGAGACGCUGCUGCCGCGGCACCUGGAGAUCAUCUACGAGAUCAACCAGCGGUUCCUGGAUCGGGUCUACGCCGCCUUCCCCGGGGACCACGAGCGGCUCCGGCGCAUGUCGCUGGUGGAGGAGGGCGCCGUGAAGCGCGUGAACAUGGCGCAUCUCUGCAUCGUGGGCGCGCACGCCGUCAACGGCGUGGCCCAGAUCCACUCCGACAUCCUCAAGAACAGCGUGUUCAAGGACUUCUAUGACCUGGAGCCCAAGAAGUUCCAGAACAAGACCAAUGGGAUCACGCCGCGGCGCUGGCUCCUGCUCUGCAACCCGGGGCUGGCCGACGCCAUCGCCCAGCGCAUCGGGGAAGGUUUCGUGUCAGACCUGGACCAGCUCCAGAAGCUCCGCGGCUUCGUGGAUGACGAGAGCUUCAUCCGGGACGUGGCGGCCGUCAAGCAGGAGAACAAGGUGAAGUUCGCGGCGUUCCUGGAGAAGGAAUACGGGGUGCGCGUGAACCCGGCCUCGCUCUUCGACGUCCAGGUCAAGCGCAUCCAUGAGUACAAGCGGCAGCUCCUCAACUGCCUCCACGUCAUCACCCUCUACAACAGGAUCAAGAAGGACCCCAGCAAACCCAUUGUGCCCCGAACCGUCAUGAUCGGGGGCAAGGCUGCCCCCGGGUACCACAUGGCCAAGAUGAUCAUCAAACUGGUGACGUCCAUCGGGGACAUCGUCAACCACGACCCGGCCGUGGGCGACCGCCUCCGGGUGCUCUUCCUGGAGAACUACCGCGUGUCGCUGGCCGAGAAGGUGAUCCCGGCCGCGGACCUCUCGGAGCAGAUCUCCACGGCGGGCACGGAGGCCUCGGGCACGGGGAACAUGAAGUUCAUGCUCAACGGGGCGCUCACCAUCGGCACCAUGGACGGCGCCAACGUGGAGAUGGCCGAGGAGGCGGGCGAGGAAAACCUCUUCAUCUUCGGCAUGCGCGUGCCCGACGUCGAGGCGCUCGACAGGAAGGGGUGCGUCAGCGCGGCGACACAGAGACACACAGAGAGAC